AGAUGGCCGAAGCUGUAUAUAAACCGGCGAACGCGAAGAAUGGCGCGUUAUUUGUCAAUACGAAUACGAAGUGAACAGUGAACGUGAGGAAAGUGCGAAGAGAUAAUUACUCAAACGCUGUGUUUUCGAGAAGAAAUACGUAAAAAUGAGAUUCUUUGCAAGUUCAGUGUUAGCAUUAUCGACGCUUUUGGCUGUCGGAGUUUAUGGUGAAGAGAAAUGCUCGCAAAAAGGUAACACGAUAUCCGAACAAGACUUUGGAAUGGGAUUGUCUGAUGAUAUAUUAACUACUAUGAUCAGUCCUUGGAUGUUCAACAACUACUUCCGACCUUGGAGAUAUUUGGAAUCUCUAACUCGAGACUUGGGAUCGACGGUUAAAAUUGAGAAAGACAAGUUCCAUAUCAAUCUGGAUGUGCAGCAUUUCGCACCUGAAGAAAUAACUGUGAAGACAGCGGAUGGUUACGUUGUUAUUGAAGCUAAGCAUGAAGAAAAGAAAGAUGAACAUGGAUAUAUUUCGAGACAAUUCGUUCGGAAAUACGCUUUACCUGAAGGGACUGAAUCAGAGGAUGUUGUAUCUCAAUUAUCAAGUGAUGGAAUCUUAAUUAUUUCAGCACCACGUAAGGAAAUCGAUGCUAAAGGUGAGAGAGUUGUGCCUAUUACAAAAACAGGGCCAGUAAGAGCAGAUUCCAGUGAGAAAUCAAAGGGCUCAUGCACUGGUGAUGAAAAAUGUGAGCUGUAAAAGUUCCAAGCAUUUACGGUUUUUGUGUAUGUAAGAUUUUUGUUUAAAUAUUUAUUUUAUAAGACUGAUUUUAAAUAA